GGGACAAUCUCCCACUGAAGCUGCGGCUGGGACACCAACAACAAGUGGCAAUGCACGGCCUUUACUUUCUACGGAGCGAACACAGUGUUCCUCGUGGUAUCAGAUGUUUGAGAAGAUUGUAAUUUUAACUUCUCAUCGAUUCCUUCAUGGACGAACACGAGCCGAGUUUUAUGUGACACUAUCUCCGGGUCUGGUUGGUGCAAAAUGUAUCGCAGCUGAAAUGCAAGUUAAGGCACACAAUGCCCGUCAAAGAUCCCUGCAAAAAACAAGCCUGUGAAAUACAGAAAUGUCUAAAAGCUCACCACUAUCAAGAAAGCAAAUGUCAACACGUGAUCCAAGAUAUGUAUAGGUGCUGUAAGAUACAUGCAAAAGCGUCAGUGUGCUGUUCGGGUUUUUUGAAAAAGAGCUGAUGGCUAUUCACUGGCUGUAAACCCUGGUUUCAGCCACGCCGUGUCAGAUUAUCCCAGGACAGCAGGAAACUAUAAAUCAGAAUAACAUGACAAUCCAGGAUCGGCAAUUGGGGAUCACGAGUGCAGUGAUGUCUUGAAAUUUGUUUCCAGUCAAAUAUUAAAUCAUAAUAUGUUGCCAUUUUGUAUGUUUAUUCCAUUAUGUAUUAAAAUUGUAGAUGGCCAUCAACAAUGCAUUAAUUCUUGGUAAGCUUUACUGAAUGGAUUGAGUGUUUUAUUGCCACAUAUUCUGAAAUGGAACAAUUAAAUUCUUACUUGCAACAGA